GUGAACGAUGUAAAAAUCGAACCAUUACAGGCAGAAAGAAACAACGGAGCUAAUGCUAUAACUAAGUUACGAAAGGAAGAAAGAGCUCCAUUUCUGCCUAAAGUGUAAGUGUGCAAGUGUAACUAUCUUGGUCGAUAAACUUCAUAAACCCUCCCAACUUCCAAGUUCCAUUAAACCCAAAAACAGUGAGAAAUUAGGGUUUUGCGGGACUUCUUCGUCGACAACAAUGAUGCAAUCCCUAAUUAGGGCAGUUCGAUCGCAGUGUAAAAUCAACUCCGAGAACAUCCCCUCGAACAUUCGCAGCUUCAAUUCUCUCUCCUCCAUCGCUUCGGGAAGGAAAAUUGGCUGUGACUGUGCUACAAAGCAUGGAUCCGGUGCAUGUUUGUUUCAUAGGCGUUUCACAACAGCUGUUAACCCUGUGGCAUCAACCACACAAGAUUCUACAGCUCCUGAAGUUGAUGUGCCUACUCGUAUAAAAUUUAAGAGGCUUGACAAAACAGCGCGACAUAUAAUGCAGAUUCUGGAUAAAGAAGCAGUUCAGGAGGUGAAGGGACAGAGAGAAAUUCCGGAUAUCAAGCCAGGUUAUAUCAUCCAGCUCAAAUUGGAAGUUCCUGAAAACAAACGACGUAUCACUACGAUAAAAGGGAUUGUUAUAGCGAGACGAAAUGCAGGGUUAAAUUCAACAUUUAGAAUAAGGAGGCUAGUUGCCGGAGUUGGAGUUGAGAGUCUUCUCCCAAUGUACUCACCUAACAUAAAGGAGAUAAAAGUGCUGGAUAAGAAGAAAGUGAGGAGAGCCAAGUUAUAUUACCUUAGGGAAAGGAUGAACCCUCUUAAGAAAUGAGGACCGACCUUUUCUUUCACUUGUAUGAAGAUGGAAUGGUUUGCCACCUGAGAAAAAGCAGGGUUCUUCACAGAGAUCUGCGAACACUACACAUUCUAUUUUAGCUGGAUCCUGAAGAUGGCAAUAUCGGAUAAUUUUUUGAAGAGAUCCUAGAAUCAUUUCAAAAAUGUCAGUAUUUUUGUUUUCGUGUUGUAAUUUUUGGUAUAUGAAAAGUGCAAUUUUGCAGAGUUUUAGCAAACUAACAACUAGCAAGGGGGACAUAUUAUGGGUUGUUGCCAUUCCACAGUGUUUUACUAAUUUCUUAAGCUGAUGGAGUAAUAAAUCCUUUUGCUGCUUCCUUUCUUGA